AUGAAAAAGAAUAAAAAGGAAACUCCCACAACAAAGGAGAAACAAACUCCACGAGAAGGAGGGAAGGUGAACCAGUCAAGAAGCAAAAAGGCACAGGGACAACAGGCAGAGGAAAGCGUUGAAAUGAAAAAUUCACAUAGUAAAUUGAAAGAAAGUCGCGAAGAGGAGGAGAUGGCCCAGUUAAAGGAGGAACUUUACCAGGAUAGGAGAAGGAAAGAGGAUCUGGCCAGGAAACGAAUAAGGUUAGAAAGGAAAAACGAAAAGCUAAUUAUCAGAAAUAAUCAUUUGAAAAGGAAGCAAGGAGAGAGUAAUAUGCAGGAGGAGAGAUAUGCUGUGGGAGAAGCACGAACUAAAGAAAGACAUUAUGUGAAAAACCGAGAAGGCCUGGGGCGAGGUGAGCAAAAGGAGCGAGAAGAUUUGAAGAAGGCCAUAGAAAGCAGCAGAAGAGAAUUCAGAGAAAGGGAAUAUCGAAUGCAACAAUCAAUAGAAGUUACUCAAGGAAGAAACAAUAUCCCCAAGGAAAGAAGAGAAAGUGGUUUGCAAAUGGUAAAAAAAUGCUCAAGGAAUGAACCGUGCAAGCCAGAGAUAGCAGCUUUAUUCUCAUUAAGGCAGGAAGAGAAUGAGAGCUUGUGA